UUUUUUUUUUUUUUCUGAGCAUGGGCAAAUCUAUCGACAAGAAAGUCGCCGAUUCUUACGAGAACACCUGGGAGGUUGGCAUCUGCGCCGCCCCGUGCGCUUCGCCCCUGAGCUUCCUCUACGGAUGCUGUCUUCCCUGGUGCUUUGUCUUCACCCAGCGUGUCCGUAUUCUCGAGAACGACCUCAAGAACCGCUACUCUUGCUGCGGCGGUGUUAUCUGCGGUGACUGCUGCGGCGACACUGCUCGUGGCUGCCCUUACUUUUGCCUCUGCCUCGAAUCGUUCUUCUGCUUCUGGUGUGCUCUUUCUGGCAACCGCUGGCUCAUCCAGUCGAGCUUCUAUGUCCAGAACACUUGGUUUGACUCGUUCCUCAUUCUCUUUGCUUGCAUCUUCUCGUGGGUUUUCUUCAUUGUUGGCCUGUUUGUUCCGAUUCCGUUCGAAGCCGAUUGCGUUGUUCAAUGCUGCUACAUCAUGUUCCAGGGCUGCCUGCUGACCCAGCAGGAAGUCGAGCUUGACAAGCGCAUGCCUGUUGGUCAGCCCAGCUCUGUUCACCCUGGUGUCCGUGCCGGUCAAGUUGUUGUCGUCGCCGACCCCAACCGCAACGCUUACAUCCAGGGCCAGCCUCAGCCCCAGGGCUACCCGCCCCAGCAAGGCUACCCGCCGCAGCAGGGCUACCCGCCGCAGCAGGGCUACCCGCCGCAACAGGGCUACCCGCCGCAACAGGGCUACCCGCCGCAGCAGGGUUACCCUCCCCAGCAGGGUUACCCUCCCCAGGGCUACCCGCCUAAGUAACCACUCGGCAGGUGCUUUGUUCUGGUUCGAACCCGCUUUUCUUGUUCUGAGGCUGGGCAAGUCGUUGUCUGCUCAGUGUUGCUUCAGUUGAACGUUCGAAUACACUGUUGUCCGCGCCUU